AUGAGCUCUUCUCUAGAGGCUAAAAUCGUCAUUCUAGGCGCACAAGGCGUCGGCAAAACGUCCCUCGUCCAGCGGUAUGUGAACAACGCCUUUGUGCCUGCGGCAACGGCAUCGACGGUCGGCGCCUCGUUUGUUACAAAGCGUGUGCUCGACACGACGUCGGACACGGUGGUGCGGCUGCAGAUCUGGGAUACGGCGGGCCAGGAGCGGUUCCGCAGUAUCUCGCGCCUCUACUACCGCGGCGCCAACGCCUGUCUACUCUGCUACGACAUCACCGACGAGAGCACCUUCACGGAGAUGACCGGCUGGCUCCUGGAGCUCAAGAAGAAUCUGGUGGAAGACGACCCGAUCGUCAUCCAUGUCGUGGGCACCAAGUCCGACAUUGUCGCCCUCAACCCAUCGCGCCGCCGGAUCCCCUUUGAGAAGACCAUCGCCUACGUGGCUGAGCAACUGUAUCCCUCCCAGGCCUCGACUCCGCCCCCGACCGCGGGGCUGGGCGCCUCACCCACCACGACGGCAACCAUCGCCACCUCGGCGGGACUGCAGAGCCCCGACAGCAAACGCAGCAGCGGGUUCUGGGGCCAGGACAUCGGGUGGGACUGCUGCCACGAGAUCAGCGCCAAGGACGGAGAGGGCAUCGAGGAAGUCUUCCGCGUCAUCACCCGCAAACUCGUCGAGCAGCGCAACAAGCGCGAGGCCGCUCUCGCCCUCGCCCACGCCGCCACCCCGGGCAUCGAGAGUGUCCUCUCCCCCGGCGGGCUUCUUGGCUCCGACGGCAACGGCAGCUUUCGUCUAGGCCACGGUGACAAACGCCGCAGCUGGCUUGGGUUUCCCCCAAGCGUCACCCUAGACGACGAGGGUGCCGAGGUCUUGGACAGCUCAAAGAAGAAGACCCGCUGCUGUUGA